CUAUGUCCACAAGGGUACCACGCAGAGGUGUGCAGCCUUUAAGCUAAUCAUGCUUACACAUUCGAAUCAUUAAAUAAAGGCAUACAUACAUACAUACAGUGGGGCAUGACACAUCAACAUACAUGCAUACCAUACGCCAUUUCAUCAUCAGACGAAGAAGAAGAAUUGACUUCAUUUGGAGAGAGAGAGAGAGAGAGAGAGAAUGAAAUGAGAGGAAACAUUUCAAUCCGAUCCAAUGGAUUUUUGACGUCCGCAAUAAAACCCCUCAACACUCAGCUCACAUACUCUCUCUCUUCUCUCUGUUCAUCUUUCUCUCUCUAAAAAGCGGAGCUCAACAAAAAACUGUGGUUGUGUCUUUCUCUCUCUAGUUUUUGCUGAAAGAUUUUCGUAAGACUUUUUGGCAGCUAACUAUACAUACACACACAAGUAUGUCAACAUCCAUACACUUGUGUGCUCUUGAUUUGGGGGAUAUUUGAGGCGAAGUGAAUUUCAUUUGAUUGAUGCUUCAAAGAGUAAAACAACAGUCAAAGUGUAUUAACUUUAACUUCAAUUACGUGGAUUGAACGGAUAGCAGAGUUGAAAUCUUACUUUGGGACUAAUAGGACUUCUGGUGAAAGAUUGCAACUUGCAGAAAAGAAGCAAAAGUUAGGAUGAAAACCGAAAAAGCUAGCUUCUUUGGCUUCAAAUACUUUGAUCUUCAACUAGAACUUUGCAAAACACACCCCCAUACCCUCGUGUGCGAGGCUAAUCCUUUUGUUGUUUUCCGGAAUAAACAUUUCAGAAAUUCUAACAUCGGUCGGGAGUCUGUGAUAUAGACAGUUAGCAGAUUGUAUUAUUUUUCUUGUAGGUUGUAGUCUUGCUAGAAUUAGGAGGUCAAGUUUCCAGAUUGAUGUUGCUUAGAUAGUGCAACCAUUAGUGUAUUAAGACUGUUGUGAACUAGUCGGUGUUGAUUUCAGCUUAAAAUGGUGCCACAAGGGCCUCCCACGCCGCUUGGUGGAACCCAGCCGGUUCCCCCAUCUAUGUUGAGAUCGAAUUCUGGUUUGUUGGGUGGACAAGGGGGUGGAAUGCCUUCACAGAAUGCGUUUCCAUCUUUGGUGUCGCCGCGCAAUCAGUUUAAUAACUUGAACAUGCUCGGGAAUGUUCCCAAUGUUUCAUCUUUGCUCCACCAGUCAUUUGUGAAUGGGGGCCCUAGUUCUGGUCUCUCUGGUCCCAGUAGCUCCCAGCGGGGGCUCAUUGAUGGCGGCGCAGAGUCAGCUCCAAUUUCUAGUGUUGGAAAUGGAAUGGGUUUCAAUACUCCAUCCUCUUCUUAUAUCUCUUCAUCUAUUACAGCAAACCCAAAUUCAUCUGGUCAAGUUCAAGGGCAACAGCAAUUCUCAAACCCUUCAGGCAGCCAGAUGUUGACGGACCAGCAACAAGCUCAACAGCUUGAUCCACAGAAUUUUCAACAUAAUCAGCAGCAGUUGCAGCAGUUUUCUGUUCCCAGCACUUCCCAACAACAGCAGCAAGUGCAGCAGCAGCAGCAAUUUCAAGCAAUGAGACCUGGUUUAGGAGGUAUGGGACCUGUCAAGCUGGAGCCACAAACUAGCAAUGAGCAGGCACCACAACAAAUGCAAGCUUUGAGGAGUCUUGGUUCUGUAAAAUUGGAACCACAGCAACUACAGAGUAUGAGAAGCUUGGGUCCUGUUAAAAUUGAACCCCAGCAUUCAGACCAAUCUUUGUUUUUGCAUCAGCAACAACAGCAGCAACAACAACAGCAGCAGCAGCAACAGCAACAACAACAACAACAACAACAACAGCAGCAGCAGCUCCUCUUGUCCAGGCAAUCCUCUCAGGCAGCUGCAGCUGCACAGAUAUUGCAUCAACAAAGGCUUAUGCAAAUUCAACAUCAGCAGCAGCAGCAGCUUUUGAAAGCUAUGCCUCAACAAAGAUCCCCGCUACAACCACAGUUUCAACCACAGAGUUUACCUAUUAGGUCCCCUGUGAAACCAGUCUAUGAGCCUGGGAUGUGUGCCCGGAGGCUGACGCAUUACAUGUAUCAGCAACAACACAGACCUGAAGAUAACAACAUUGAAUUCUGGAGAAAAUUUGUAGCUGAAUAUUUUGCACCCAAUGCGAAGAAAAAAUGGUGUGUUUCAAUGUAUGGAAGUGGUCGCCAAACUACUGGAGUUUUCCCUCAGGAUGUUUGGCACUGUGAAAUUUGCAACCGCAAGCCUGGCCGUGGAUUUGAGGCAACUGUUGAGGUCCUUCCGAGACUCUUCAAAAUAAAAUAUGAAAGUGGAACUUUAGAAGAAUUACUCUAUGUUGAUAUGCCCCGGGAGUAUCAAAAUCCCUCUGGGCAAAUUGUUCUUGACUACGCAAAAGCGAUACAAGAGAGUGUCUUUGAGCAACUUCGCGUUGUUCGCGAUGGUCAGCUUCGAAUUGUCUUCUCUCCUGAUCUCAAGAUAUGCUCGUGGGAGUUUUGUGCUCGACGUCAUGAGGAGCUUAUUCCUAGAAGACUGCUGAUUCCUCAGGUUAGUCAACUUGGCACCGCUGCCCAAAAAUACCAGGCUGCCACCCAGAAUACGUCUCCCAGUGUCUCUGUUUCCGAGCUACAAAGCAACUGCAAUAUGUUUGUUGCCUCUGCUCGACAGCUGGCCAAGGCCUUGGAAGUUCCAUUAGUAAAUGAUUUGGGAUAUACGAAGAGAUAUGUGCGGUGCCUGCAGAUAUCAGAAGUGGUGAAUAGCAUGAAAGAUCUUAUUGAUUACAGCCGUGAAACUGGUGCAGGUCCUAUGGAGAGCCUGGCCAAGUUUCCUCGAAGACCAAAUCCUUCACCUGCAUUUCAAGGUCAACCUCAACAACCUGAGGGUCAGCUACAACAGCAGCAGCCGCAGCAAACAACAGGUCAGAACUCAAACAAUGAUAAUUCUGCCCAGGCUGCAGCUGCACAAAUGGCUUCUACAACAGGUGUUAAUAACACUGUGAACUCAGUGCCCACAACUUCAUCUACUAGCACCAUUGUUGGGCUUCUUCAUCAGAACUCAAUGAACUCUCGGCAGCAAAACCCAAUAUCCAGUACAAACAGCCCUUAUGGAGGUAAUAGUGUUCAGAUGCCAUCUCCCGGUUCUUCAAGCACCAUGCCGCAGACUCAGCCCCCUCCAUCCCCUUUCCAGUCCCCGACACCGUCCUCAUCUAAUAAUCCACCGCCAACAUCACAUGGUAGUUUAUCAGGAACCCAUGUAAACUCGGUGAAUUCACCAAAUAUUUCAAUGCAGCAACCCACACAUUCUGGUGAUGCGGAUGCAAAUGAUUCACAAAGCUCUGUUCAGAAAAUUAUACAUGAUAUGAUGAUGUCUUCUCAACUUGGUGGGGGCGGCAUGAUGGGAAUGGGGACAAUUGGUGGUGAGGGGAAAAAUGUUAAUGGGAUGUUGUCAACAAGCAGCAAUGCUGGUAUGAAUGGUGGCAAUAUUCUUGUCGGGACUGGAGUGGCGAACAGUAACAACCCAGGCAGUGGUGUUUCAGGCUUUGGGAGUAUGAGCAACGGGCUUGGGCAAUCUGCCAUGGUAAAUGGUAUUCGAGCAGCACUUGGGAAUAACUCCAUGGCCAUGAAUGCGAGAGUAGGUAUGCUAAUCGCACGAGAGCAGGGCAUGAACUCACAGCAGCAGGAUAUGGGUAGCCAACUGCUUAGCGGUCUUGGAGCAGUUAAUGGCUUUAAUAACCUUCAAUUUGAUUGGAAGGGAUCUCCAUGAUAGGUCUUAUGUUGUUCUGGUGUUGGCCUUGACAGUAACAGCUGUUUGUGCAGCAUAGAAAAUUCAAGAAUUCCCUUUGGUUGGGGAAGUUGGAAAAUGCAUAAAUGGUUUGGCUGCCCGCGUCAGUGUUGUACUAAUUCAGAGAGGAAAACACAGAAUAGCUUUUCUUGGCUGGAAUCUUGCAUCGUGCUAAUGCUCUAAAAUUACUCUAACUUGAACAUGCGCUGGUUCGUGACAGCUGCCCAUCCGGACUAACUGUGUAGAGGGAAACAGGAGUGACCGGGCUGAUGGAAUUCACCAAGGCAUAUGGACUGCUGAGUCUCUCCAUCCGGCUCCCCAACCCCCUGCUUUGACUUUCCAAAAUAUGUGAGUGUAUAUAGUUUGGAUUGCCUUUAAGCCAAGUUUAUUUGUAGAAUUUAAAGAAAAGCUGCUCAGAAUUUAUUUACAAUCGUUUGAUUCCUAUAAUCAUCUUUUUAUUA